AGCAGGAUUGCAGGAUUGGGGGUGGAUGUGGAUGGGGGCGGAGGUGGUGAGCGAUGGAGCAAAGCGCAAAGUAAGUCACCCAGCGGAGCGCAAAGCAAAUUGGACAUGCUGCCAAUCAUAUGAGAUCUGACAAGAGACGGAGAUGGCACAGCCAGACCAACCCACGCUCACACUGGUCACGUUGUUCUGCAUGUUCUACGUGAGUCGGGGCUGGAGCCCAGAGGUCCAGGGACGGGAGGGGGGGGUAGUGGAGCUGGACUGUAGCCUGCCGUCUGGCCCCAGCAGCCCCGGGUCAGCCUCCCCCCGGAUGGUGGAGUGGGUCCGGCGGGGGUACGACACCCCUGUUCUGAUGAGCUUUGGAGCGCACGCCUCUCGCGUGCACCCCGAGUAUGAAGGGCGAGUGAGCUUGGUUCGCAGCACCUCCCUGAGGGUGGCGCGGCUGAUGGUGGAGGACGAGGGGGCGUACGAGUGUCAACUCUUCCUCCUGGACCACGUCACCAACGUGUCCCGCAGCGGCAACUGGACGCAGCUCUCUGUCACCGCUCCGCCCACUUUUACCGCGACCCCGCCCUCCGUUGUGGAGGCUCUGGCCGGCAACCGGCUGUCCCUGUCGUGCGUUGCCAAGGGCAACCCUGUCCCGUCCAUCACCUGGCUGAAGGAUGGGGCGGGGCUCCGGGACCGGGCCGUGGAGAUCCAGGGGGGGACUCUGAUCCUGAGGGCCGUGACCCCGGAGCUCAGGGGCCAAUAUGGCUGCCGCGCCUCCAAUCCCGACGGAAACAUCACCCAUGUGACCACACUACAGGUCAAAGGUCCCCCGGUGAUCGUCAUCCCACCCAGGAGCGCCUCCCUCAACAUGUCCCAGAACGCAGAUCUUACAUGCAAGGCUAUCGCUGACCCCCCCAACAUGACCUACGUGUGGAGGAAAGGGCAGGAAAACGUCCAUCAUAUAGAGUCUCUUAAAUCCCGUGUGAAGAUUAUGGUGGAUGGAUCUCUGCACAUCUCCACACUCACCCCAGAGGAUUCUGGGAAGUACACCUGUAUGCCCACCAAUGGCCUGCUAGCCCCGCCCACCGCAUCAGCUGACCUCACAGUGAGGCAUCCGGCCCAGGCCCUGCCGAAGCCCAGGGAGACCUACCUGCCCACCGGGAUGAGAGGUCUGAUCACAUGUCCCUUCUUAGCCAAUCCCCCGCUGCUCCACGUGGACUGGACCAAAGACGGAGCUCCCCUGGACGUCACCCUGUACCCAGGGUGGACCAUGACCUCUGAGGGGUCGUUGUCCAUGGCGACCGUCAACGAGGACUCUGCGGGCGUGUACAGGUGUACGCCCGCCAACAGCUACGGGUCCAUGGGCCCCUCUGGGGCCACACGCGUCCUCCUGCAGGUGUGGACUCACUGGGAACGGGGAUGGGGGCAUAUUGUUCGCCUCAUAGCAUCACUGCCAAAUUUUAGGGUUCAUCUUACAUUUAGCUUCAAAAAUUGUCUUGAUGCUCGGACAGGAACCACGCCCCACGCCGCCACCUCUCUGUCUGUGGCCCCGGGGCCCCGGGUCGCUGACGUCUCCUGGGAGCCCGGCUACGACGGAGGAUCAGCACAGAUCUACUCAGUGUGGUUCAAGCAGGUCUCCCCUCUCAACGGCAGCCCCCGCCGGGACAACCUCAGCUCCGAGGAGCAGGGGACGAAGCGGCAGCACCAGGGUUGGUUCAACGUGUCGGUCCCCCCCGCCUCGGGGGCCCGCCACCAGGUGACCGGCCUGGCCCCCGCCACCCACUACCAGUUCAGCGUGCUGGCCCAGAACGCCGCCGGGGCCGGGCCCUUCAGCGAGCUGGUCGCCGUGCGCACCCUGGAUGCUCCGAUUCCAAGAAGGGCCACUUUGAGUCCCCCGGGGGCCCUGUCCGUCAACCGCACCUCCACGGGGGUCAUCCUGCAUUGGGCCCCGCCCCCAAGCAACCGUCCACCAAUCACAGCCCUGGUUCUGCAGUCUCGAGGCGCAAACGGCGAAUGGCUGACCCUGGAUCGGGACAUCAGCGCCGCCGCCAUCGAGUUCGCCGUCCCCGGCCUGCGAAAGGACAGUGUGUACGAGCUGCGGCUGCUGUCUCGGCGCGGGGAGGUGCUGAGUGAGCCCAGUCCAUCCGUCAACGUCUCCACCCUGGGCCUGGGGAGGGCCGCGGCGCCGUCCCAGCUCUCCGAGCUCGUCCCCCAGCCCCUGCUGGCCGGCGUCCUGGGCGGCGUGCUGUUCAUGGCGCUGGUCCUCUUCCUGCUGCUGGCCGCCACCUGCUUCGUCGCCCGACGGAGGGAUAGGCGGCGGCGGAAGCAGCAGAACAAAGACGAUCUCGUGCGCUCCAUCUAUAAACCCUCCUCCAUGCGGACGGCAGGCGGCGGCAGUCCAGACAGUGUGCUGAAGAAAAGCCUCCUCCACUCGCAUAAUCUCUACCCCGCCACCUCCUCCUCCACCUCCUCCUCCUCUUCGUCCUCCUCGUCCUCCUCUCAGUCCCACAGCGGUUACUUCAGCAAAGGCAGCCCGCCCCAUAGUCGGGGGCAGCACACGGAGCUGCUGCUGCCUGGCUCCCUCCACCCCCACCUCCACCCCCAGCACCACCAGCACCAGUGCCUCCUCCCCACCCCCCCCACCCCCCAGCGCAGAACCAAAUCGCUCAGCGGGGCCUCGUCCUCCGUCCUCUCCUCCCACCUGGAGCUCAUCACCAGGGGCCCCGACGGACGCUUCGCGGCCCCCGGCGACGGCCAGUCGCUGUCCUCCGCCCUCGACGACGAGAAGAAGGGCCCCGGGCGGGGGGGCCGGCGCUCGUCCCGCUCCUCCGCCUUCCAGCGCUCGGCGUCCCUGCCUUCCCGGCGGGGCGGCGAGGCGGGGCGGCGGGCCCCGUGCGUCCUCUCCGUGGAGCUCCCUCCGGCGCCGCGCCGCGCCCCGGGCCCCGACGGCGGGCGCGGCGUGCGCUCCACGACGGAGCAGCACCUGCUGGCCCUGCCGGGGCACAGCCUGUGGGACGGCGCGGACGGCGGCUCCGACUGGAGGGGCUCCCUCCGCAGCUCGGCCCGCAGCUCGGCCCGCAGCUCGGUCACGGCGGCGAGCGGGGCGGAGCCCGGCGCCCCCCCGUACCCGGGGGGGGUCGGGCCGGCGGGCGCGCCCCGCACCACGGCCAGCAGCCUGGUGCUGCAGAUGGAGCACGAGAGGGAGCGGGGGAACCUGAGCCGCUGCCUGCAGCUGGCCCACGAGAGGGAGGCGCUGCAGUGGGAGCUACGCAAGUACACGCUGGAGAGGGGGAGCGGCGCCGACGACGGCGGCGGCGGCGUGGACGGAGUCGUCGAGGGGCGGGUCUUGCAGGAGAGGUACGUCGGCGGCUGUGGCGGCGGCGGCGGCGACUACUUGCCCCGCCACCACCGGGACAGCAGGGCGAGCUGGGAUCUCGUGUCGCCGUGCUACUCCAAUUGGGGGGCUCCCACUCCUCCCCCUCUCCCCCCCCGGCUCAGCCCCAUGUCGGCCUCGUCCCCGGGGCUGUACCCCAUCCAAAGGGCCCCGCGCGGGAGCUCCUUCCGGGGCUCCCACGCCCAGUUCCCCCUCGUCUCGCCUGCGAAGCAUCGGGACGCGGCGGCGGAGCGCCGGCCCACCGACAGACUCACCCUCCCGCACCUGUCGGCAGAGCGCCAGUGGCCCCCCGCAGGCGAGACAGGACUGGAGCGCCAUAGCUCUCUCCGGGUCCCGCGCGGCACGAGGCAACGCAACCACGCGUCCGCCGAGGAGAAGAGGAGGAGGAACCUGUCCACGCCCUCGCCCGCCCGGGACGGUCAAUACGCGGAACACUUCGACGCCACCGCCGCCGUCGGCAGCCUGCCACGACAUCCCAAAGCCCGCCCGGCCGCUCCCAAGCCGCCCCCGACGCGCGUGGAUGACACGUGCGUGGAGAUGAGCGUGGACGGGCCCGACCUGGAGGCGACGCCGGCCGGGCGGAGGAGCCGGGUCGAGCGCUCCGACGCGUCUUCGUCGCUCCGCCGGCCGCACAAGGGCGAGCGCGGCAGAGGCCCCGGGGGCACGACGCUCUUACCCGGGCACAGCUCUGGAAUGGCCCCCGGGGCCCCGGCCCCACGGCCCCACGGCCGUCACCUGUGGAAGACCACGAGCCUGGGGGCCCCGGACGCGUACGACUACCCCCAGCGCAGCCUCAGCCUGGACCACCGCAGACGCCAGCGGGCCGGGUUCCUGACCCCGGACGACUGGGUGGACUCGCUCAGCCAGGAGAACUGCUCCACGCCGCGGGGCCCCCCAGCCCCGCAGACCCCCAGAGCCGACGCUCACGGCCCCCUGGGUCCCCACUGGCCGCCCGGCCAGCCGCCGGAGACCCCUUCCUCGCACGAGCGCUCCUCCUCCUCCUCCUCCGUCUUCUCCGCCCAGACCCCCAGCGGGGAGGCCCCCUCGCUGAGGAGGGGCCCGCUGGCACGCAGCCCGGAACCCGCGCCGCCGGCCCAGCGGGACGAGCCCAAGAGAGAGUGGAGCAUCCUGUCCAUGGACGCGCUCCGAUGGCCCGCCAGCAGUGAGUCCUGGGGGUCGGGGCCCCGGCCGGGGGCCUUGAAGGAACCCUCCGGAGGCUCACGGACCCUGAGCCGAGCCAGGGGCCCCGCAGACAGAGGAGAGGACCCCGGCUUCCCCAGACCUCUGCACAGGGGACUCAGCUGGCCCACGACGGACCGGGCCCCACCGCCUCUCUCCAACGGUGACGGGGCCAAACGAGACGAUGAGAAGGCCGACGGGCAGGCGGGGGGGGCCCCCGGCAGCGAGGUGGACGAUGUGAGGGGCUACGUGGUGGUCCAGGGGUCGGCGACCCGGGGCAGCUUCAGCAGCUACGCCAGCAGCGGGCGGGGGAGCAUGGAGACGGGGAACGGACGGAUGUCGGUGUGCCUGUCGCCGACCCUCUCCAAGGCCCCCGACGAGGUGGAGGAGUACGCUGAGGACCUCGGCCCCGGCCUGGACGAGGCCCGGAGAAGUAGAAAAGCCUCGGUUGACGAGAGCUACGAGUGGGAUGAAGACACAUCGCAGCCCGAAACACGACAGUUUCAAGACCCGGGUGUGUCCGAGGAGGUGCUGAAAGCCGUGUCCCUGUCCCGCUGUAGCCUUGUGAGCGUGCAGGCGUGCUCCCUGGCAGACUGCGGUCAGGCUGCCUUGCUCCGGGGUUGCGGCACCAGCAGACGCUCCCCUCAGGUAGAGAUGGAGACGGUGCUGUUCUGACUGCGAGCGCAGCCCCCAAUCUCCCUCUCUAUGACUCCGUGACUGUAUGAGUACACCACACCUUUACCCACCGGCUUAGAUGUGCACACCCAAGGGGACGUUAGAUGAUGAUGAUGUUGAUGAUGAGAUGAAUGUAUAUAUACUAUUAAGGGAGAUGAUGACUUUGAUUUGGAUGUUUGUAACCACCGUGGACCAAAAUACUGUAUAUGUUACUUUUUAUUAAGUGUAGAAGCCAUAAAUCAUUGAGGAGUCUUGGAUUUAGGAGGAAUGAUUGUUAUAUUGUGUUGGGCUGAUUUUGUUUUGCUGAUUUUGCAUUCCUUAACUACGGUGGACCAUCUAUAUAUAUAUAUAUAUAUAUAUAUAUAUAUAUAUAUAUAUACACAAGACAUUCAAACAAUAAUAUGGUAAUUUCAGAGGCUUGCUAUUAAUUUAUAAGUUUCAUGUUCAAGUUCAUGUUUUUCUUUGGUGGAGAUUCUUAUCAAUAGAACAGCAGGACUGUUUCAUUAAUGGACAGAACGUCCAAUAAUGGGCCCUCGAUCCAUUAGUGAUGAAAAAAAAAGACAAUAUUCCCAGAGUCUGGUUCUUUAGGCAUCGCAGACACGGCUCCAUACUUAAUGGAGUUCUGUCUUAUAAAACAUUUUGUGUUUCAAAAUACUGAUGUAUGGAAAACAAGAGAACAAAGAGCAAAGCAGCUAAAAUGUUCUCUUUGCUUAACACUGGCGAUAGAGCUUUUUUACAGUGGGAGGCAAGUGUACGGAAAAAUAAAACGUUUAAAACGUUUUUUUGGAGGUGGAAACAUAAAGCAAACAUUCUCUGCGAUAGUUGUCCCAGACUUCCUCUGUGGAUUUGGUGCGUGGUGCGUACCGUGCUGUUUGGUGUGUACUUCUGUGGUGAUGUGCAAUCAGGAGACUCAAUGACAGGAAAACGUCCUUUCCUGAGGAACAAGCUACUGUCGUCUGUCAGCCGGAAAAUGAAGCGUGAUUAUCAUCCAUAUUACCAUAAAAACAUUAUUGUUGUUGUCAGCUGAGAAUUAAUUGAUUGAAAAAGGCCAUUUGCAUAGCCAGCGGUUCAGAACAGAGAUGAUAUGUCACUCUGAGCAUUAUGUGUAUAAAUCCUUGAGGUUUAUUAAUAAGCAGAAUCUCUACAUAGAAUGACCAACAUGACGUAUAUAAUGACAAAUAUUAGGUGUGAUAAAUAUGUUCAGGAAGUGAGUGUGAUUCCAGCUCGGAGCAAUGGCACGUCCAAUCAUGAAACUUACACACAAGAUUUGAGAGGAGACAAUGGAUUGAGUCAAGGUGAGAAAGGCUGUUAUUUUUUUCACAAGUUUUCCUAUUCCUAUAAUUUCAAACGUAUUCACAGUUGAUUGCAAGUAGUGAUAGUGUGAUUAUCUUUUGUCCUUGACAAAUCCCUUAAUCAAUACAGAGCACUGGUUUCCAUGGCAACGUGAGAAACCAGCUCACGACAUUUGACUUUGGAAACUAAUGUCUGUGAAUCUAAGGAGUGAAAAUUGAUAUAUAAUACAUUGAGGUUUGAAGACCUUGUAUAUGACACUAUAUAAAAAAAAACAUCUGUACUUUUUUAUACAAUAAAUAAUAUUUAUGAAAUAUAUAUAAAACAUCUAGAGAUUGUAUUUUGCUUGCUUACUAUACAGGACUGUGAUGAAUGUUAAAAAUAAAUGUUGGAAACAUGGAAACAUAACUCUUAAACUCUUUUGUCUUAGGACAAUAGGGCUCUAUUACUUUUCAGCUUUACAAAAUAUAGUAUAUAUGAGAUUCGGCAUUCAUAUUCUUGAGUUAACAUUCAGGUGGAAGUGAGCACCACUCCUGGUGCUAAAAAUGUUUCCGCCGGGAUAAGAUGUAGUUUACUAAUCCUAGAAUGGAAAUUGUGUUUACUUUUUCUAAAUAUAAUUUGAUGUCUUCUUGUGUAAACAGUUAAAAUAAAUAUCCAGGAUCCAAGCCAGGAUCAAAAUGGACGCCAUCAAAAUUGAGUCCCUCUGGUAACUUUCCAUGAUAUUUGGAGGAAAGUGUAUUCAUAUCUUUCAUUACAAACCAUCUGGGAGACUGAUAAGCUGUGUUGAAAAACUGUUUCUCAGACUAUUUUCAAUAGCUUUCAAAAUCCCAGCAAGUAACUGUCCCCAGUUAAGGGAUGAUAAAUUGAACAAUAGUCUAAUUUUACACAGAUGUUUGGUAAACGGUGAAAUGAAGGACACUUAUUGCAUAUAAUUUUCUGUUUUUAUAUCAUGUUUAUUUUAAUAUUUUUAUUUGUUGAUUUAUAUGGCUGUUUUUUCUAAAUUGUUGCUUCCCUUUUUCCUGUAAAUUAAAUAUUUCCCCUGUCUAAAUGUUCUUUCAAGCGCAAGUCCCAAUUUGUAGGCUAUCUGUUUAUUGACAGUUUACCAAAAAAUAAAUGCAAAGUUCUAACCGAAAAAUA